AGAUGGCGAUUGUGGACCCGGAAACCACCCCUACUCCUAAUCCCCCACCUCCAGAAGAAGAGAAAACAGAAUCUAAUCAGGAGGUUGCUAAUCCAGAACAUUAUAUUAAACAUCCUUUACAGAACAGAUGGGCACUUUGGUUUUUUAAAAAUGAUAAAAGCAAAACUUGGCAAGCAAAUCUAAGGCUGAUCUCUAAGUUUGAUACUGUUGAAGACUUUUGGACUUUAUACAACCAUAUCCAGUUAUCUAGUAAUUUAAUGCCUGACUGUGACUACUCACUUUUUAAGGAUGGUAUUGAGCCUAUUUGGGAAGAUGAGAAAAACAAACCAGGGGGACUAUGGUUAAUUACAUUGAACAAACAGCAGAGAAGAAGUGACCAUGAUCGCUUCUGGCUAGAAACACUGCUGUGCCUUAUUGGAGAAUCUUUUGAUGACUACAGUGAUGAUGUGUGUGGAGCCGUUUUUAAUGUUAUAGCUAAAGGUGACAAGAUAGCAAUAUGGAAUAUUGAAUGUGAAAACAGAGAGGCGGUCACACAUAUAGGGAGGGUAUACAAGGAAAACCUAGGACUUCCUCCAAAGAUAGUUAGAUAUCAGUCCCAUGCAGACACAGCUACUUAGAGUGGUUCUACCA